AUGAACUUAGCAAGUGGGAAUUAUUUUAUUGUAUUUGUAGAUGACAAGGAAAAUGUUGCGUUUCACUUUUUUUUUUAUAACUUAUUUGAGCUUCUAAAUUUUCUAUUUUCACAAGAACUUUCCUAUCUUCUUUCUGCAGUUCAAAUUACUCUAAAAGGAAGUAGUGCAGACUUGCCAGAAAUCUUUGGAGGUGGAUUAGAUCAAGUAUAUCGUCUAGCGCAGUACCACUUCCAUUGGUCCCAAGAGGAUAGCAAAGGAUCUGAGCAUACGGUUGAUGGUCAUCAUUAUCCUAUGGAGCUACAUCUGGUGCACACCGGUGCGGAAAACCCAGAAAAAAUCGCUGUUCUUGGAGUGUUUCUUGAAUUUGGAGGCGAUGGGAAAGCUUUACGUGAGGAGUGUAACAAAAUAGAAUGUGUUUACGAACCUAGUAAGUUGUCUUGUCAUUCUACUACUUUCAGUGUCGUAUUUCUAACAUUAUUGAUAUUUGCUGAUAGUAUUCUUUUAGGACAUGUAGUUUUACAAGAGCUUAAUUAUUUAUUUGUAGCAAAAUUUUAUCCUAUUGGUAACAUCAGAAUGGACGACAAGUUGCCAAAGAAUAGAAAUUCGUUUUGGCGCUACAGUGGGUCAUUGACAACUCCGCCAUGCACAGAAUGUGUUACUUGGACUGUGUUUACAGAGCCCGUAACAAUUUUGAAAACUCAGCUGGAGCAGUUCCGAAUGGUUCAAGACUCCCCUGAACACCUAAUGGAAAAGAAUUUCCGACCUACUCAAAAUUUAAACGGUCGUGAAGUUUUCCUUAUUACGACUUCAUAA